AUGGACAUUUCCUCAUCCGAUUUCCCUUCACUCCGGAGGAGGUUUCUUGAUUCAAGGAUUGUGACGUUGAAGGAUGUAGUAGACCUGGCAGGGUCAGACUUUCGGAACGCUAGGAGGUUUGCUGCCUCCAUUGGACUAAGGUCUCUUCGUGUGGCCACACAACUCCUGGAUAAGUGGCGCACUACAUGCAACACGGGUGAACGGACAUUAAUGAAGGAUUAUUGCUCAGGAAUGGUGCGGCCUGACGUGUUUGAUGUCUUUCCUGCAUUGGAGCUCACUCAACGGGGCGCCACGCUGCUAGCAAUCCAGUACGGGCGUGCUAGCAGCCACGUGGCCGACCCGCUCGUCACCAGCUCCCUCUCAGCAGCCGCCCUCAGGCUGCACUUUCCGCGGCGUGUCACCGCGGCACUCCUCCUCUCCUGGCAGGACCCUAGGACAGACAGGCACCGACUCCGCGGCAACCGGACCACGCUGAGCUCUCCCGCUGCAGCUACCGUCUUCGGCGUCCCUCCUCGUGUUGCCUCCUCGCAGAGCCGUCCUGCUCUGCUCCCGGCCCGUUCCACUCCCUCGCGGCCUCAGCGAAGUGACCACUCCUCUGCCACCACUCCCAUCACAUCGCGGUGUCCCCUCAAGGUCCAUUCUCGGCCAGUUCUAUUUAGUCUGUACAUGCUCCCACUGGGAAACAUUAUCAGGAGACAUGGGAUUGACUUCCAUAGCUAUGCUGACGACACCCAGCUUUACCUCUCUGUCUCCCCCAACGACACCAGCCCUAUUGCCAAUCUCAUUCAGUGUAUUGAACGGAUGAAUACUUGGAUGUCUAAUAACUUUCUACAACUGAACAAAGACAAGACAGAAGUUUUAGUCAUUGGCCCUAAGCCUCAGAGGGAACUUAUCAGUAACAAUUUAAACACCCUGGCACAGAACAUCAAACCCCUGGCCAACAAUCUUGGUGUGCUCCUUGAUCCAGACCUGAACUUUGAGUCACAUAUAAAUCAUGUCACCAGUUGUGCUUUCUACCAUCUCAGAAAUAUUUCCAAAAUGCGGCCUCUGCUCACCCAGGCUGACCCAGAAAAGGUACAUGCUUUUAUUACUAGCAGGCUUGAUUAUUGUAACGCCCUCUUCACUGGCCUAUCAAAAAAGAAUAUUACCAAAAAAGAGACCAAAAAGAGAGCUCACAUUACCCCUAUUUUAAAAUCCCUUCACUGGCUCCCUGUCAGUUUUAGAAUUGAUUUUAAGGUUUUACUUUUGGUUUCUAAAGCCCUAAAUGAUCUUGCGCCUGUCUAUAUAUCUGACUUGCUCUCACCGUACCUUCCAUCACGGCCACUCAGAUCCUCAGACUCCGGCCUCCUAGUUACUCCCAGGGUGAGGACCAACACACAUGGGGAGGCAGCCUUCGCUCACUAUGGUCCUGCCCUGUGGAACAGCCUGCCACUUGCGCUAAGGAUGGUCCAAUCAGUUGAACUUUUUAAGAAACAUCUUAAGACAUACCUUUUUAGCCUUGCCUUCUCUUAAAUC